AAAUGGGGAUGGUGAUAAACAGGAAUGGCGCAUUUAUUAAAGAAAAAAGCAAAGCGCCAGCACAGGCUUCAAACUCAUGCUACCCAACAACCUCAACAGCACACCGGGAAAAUCGCAUCUCUCAUCCUGCUUUUUCAGCCAUUUUUCCAAUGACUCUUCUCAUUCAUUAAUUUCCCCUUCCUUUCUCUCUCCUCUCAUUCUAUUCAAAUAAGGAGUCUCUUCUUGACUUGCAACUUUUUCCCAACAAUAAACCAGAGUCCCACAUCACACUCACACACCACCAAAAUUAAAGCAGAUAGAGAAUUUUGUGUGUCCCACAAUUGCCCUUCUGCAACCCCAGCCCCCCCCAAAAUCCCCCUUCUUCAUCAUCACCUUCACUCCCUUUCCAACAACUAUGACUUUUUAUUUUGCCGUGGGCUUUUUCGCCCUUUCUCUAUUUCAGUCCACACAGGCCUCCCCUCUCCCUAUCCCAUCUCCCUAUUCCAUCUUUUCUUUAUUACUCGCCCAUCUCUCUUCCGUCUUCACAUCUUUUACCAUUUUCCUCGUUUCCGUGUUUUCACAGCUAACCCGUAUAUACAUACACCCCAUUCCCGUCUGCAAGAUCAAAGGAUUUCAAAAGGCUAUUUUAUGUCAAUGAAGAUCAAAGGGGGGAUUUUGGAUCCAACGACGCCGUAUGGCCUUGCUGCCAGAGAGGAUGUUAGGGCUAAGCACAAGUAUCAGACUCUUAACCAGGACUAUCUCGGCUUGCAAAAGGAAGUUGAUAACAUGAAGAGCAGAUUAGAGGCUGGGAAGCAGAGCAAGAUGGCUCUCGCUGCUGAAGUUCGGUUUCUACGCAAAAGAUUUAGUUACUUGGUGAAAAUGAAGACUAAGAAUUCGCCACCGAAAGAAAAAUUAGGACAGUCACCAAAUCUGCAGAAGCAAACGAAGCAGACUGAGAGACUUCGUAGAAAAGAAGCCACGCUUCCUAUUUUACCCCUGAUUCCACAAGUCAGACCGAAGAAGAAACAGUAUGUUAGUAAAAAAGUAGGUUUGUUUGGCACAUCUCCAGUUGGGAAUCCUGAUUUUAGCCACAAAGUAAGGCUAGAUGCUGGGAAAGUUAAUUUGAUGCAGAUCGCAGCUCCAUUUCUUGACUUGCACACAAAAGGAAGAAUGUAUGCAAAUGAUACAGCUCUGAGCAAUGCAGCCACAGCUUUUGAUUUGAACCAAGUUAGUAGUUCUAGUGUGAGAGAAUUGUCAUUGCCCAGCCGAGCACCUAUCUUUGACUUGAAUGAAAUCUCGAUGGGUGAUGAGGAUGAGGAUUUCCAGACUAAUGACGAAGAGGUGAAGUAUGAAGAAAGCAGGAGAAGUUUAAUGAGACAUCCAAAUGAUGAAGUACAAAACGAUUUGAUGCUGUCCAUAUGUAGAAAUGCUGGUGAAGGGUCGUCUCGUGUGGGGAAGAGAAAGAUCUCGUGGCAGGAUCCAGUAGCAUUGAGAGUUUGAAGCGUCUUUUCAUAUGUUGAAAGUGUUAGAGUUUGUAUACUAAAAAUCCCCUUUCGAGUGAUUGAAUACUGUAAAACUCUAUAUUUUAUUUUUCAAUGGAUGCAACAGAUUAUUUUUGUCA